UGUUUUCAUAAUUUUAAUAAUACAAGAAAAAGGAGUCAAUUUUGAAUAAGUGCAAAGGGCGAAGGAGAGGAAGAAUCACAUUAAUGUGUCAUAGAAAUUAAAAUCAUAUAUUUCCAUAAGAUUCGUUGGUCUACUUGGCAGUCAUUCUCUUGGUAGAAAUCCAAAGUUUAUGGCUACUGCGGUAGAUUUAGGAAGGGAAUUGUUAAGACGAAGAAUUAGUCUUGCUUAUGGAGGAGGCAACGUUGGCCUACAAGGAGCUGUUGCUUCAACAGUCUUUACCAAUGGUGGUCUCGUUAGAGGUUUCAUUCCUGGGUACAUAGCAACACGACGGGUCUAUGGACCUAUGUACGGUGUAGAGCACACAGAUUCCAGCAAUUACUACAAAUAUUUUGAGAUGAAUCAUGCCGUGGAAGCUUUCAUUGUUCUUCCUGGAGGAGUUGACACUAUGGAAGGUUUGUUUACCUUGAUCUCGUGGGCUUCUGAAGGGUUACACAAUAGACCCAUUGGUCUUUUAAACAUUGACGGUUAUUUCAAUAACCUUCUCAAAUUCUUAGACGAUGCGGUGAGGCAGAACUUCAUGGCUUCCAGUCAGAGGAAACUUUUUAUUUCUUCUUUCUCUGUUGACGAGCUUUUAGACAAACUAGAGUUUGCUAAAGCUUUCCCGGGACCUGGGCCCUGGACGUGGGAGUACUUCGAUUGGGCUUUCAAGAAAGAGUACAUUCAAGCUCAUUUUAGAGAGAAGAAGUGCACUGAACUCAUGGAGUUGAAACAAGGAGACAUGACUCUCCCCGAACUACGACAGAGUUUUGACCAUUUGGCACAGUUUGUGAAUAUGCUAGUAUCCACACAAGUAGAUCGUAUUGAAGAGUUUUGCAAAAGGUUGCGCCCUGACAUUCGACCAUAUGUAUCAAUAUUGAACACUACAGAUUUCUCUAAAUCUUACGAUCUGAUGGCCAAAGCUGAGAAGGAUGUCGAUGAUUACAAAGCUAGUUUGAAGGCGAAAGAAGCUGGGCCAAGUACGCACCCAACUGUGUGUGCCGCGCCGAGUGCGAAUAAGCCAUUAGGUGAGACCGGUAGAACCUCUCAAAAGAAGACUCAUGUGAGUCGUCUGCAUGCGGCGGAGAUGCGGAUGUUACGAUGGAUGUGUGGGAAGACAAGGUUGGAUAGGAUUUUGAACGAAGUUAUCCGACGUCAGGUAGGCAUGGCACCGGUGGAAGAUAAGUUGCGGGAAGCGAGGUUGAGAUGGUUUGGCCAUGUGAGACGGCGGGAUGCUGACGCCCCUGUACGGAGAUGCGAGAGGAUUACGGUUAUCGGGGGAAGUAGGGGAAGGGGUGGACCUAGGAAGAAUUGGAAAGAGGUGGAGCCCGGGGUUUCUUGGAAACAGCCUCCCUACUUCCGAGUAGGGGCAAGAAUUCUUAAAGUCCCUAAAUCGAUUGAAGCCACUUAUUCCUAGACAAGGUGGACCGCCGCAAAUAACAUCAACAUGUCCUGGUAGAGGCGGUCUUUUUUCUUUAAAGCCAUUGACAACAAAUUCUUUGAUCUUUUGAGGGAAACCACCUUUUGAGGGAAACCACUUAAUCCCUCUAUUGGUUCCCAUGUGUCAUAAUCAUCAUCAUACCCCUUCCAAUGUAUCUUAAAAUAUAGGCCAGACUUUCUACCACCAUUAGGCUUUCUGUAACAAAUAUCCAAAAUAUGGUCAACCU